GUUGAAUCAAAGGAGAACAUAUUUUGCAGUACUUUGAGGAGGCCAUGGCUCAAAAUGACUCCAUUGGAGAAGAUAAGUCUUCCCUAGAGAAAUGGAAUGCAAUCCCAGAUUAUGAAAAGAGCACCUCAGGAUGCUUCGACUGCAACAUCUGUCUAGAGACUGUGCAAGAUCCAGUGGUCACGCUCUGUGGUCACCUCUACUGCUGGCCCUGCCUCUACAAAUGGCUUCAUUUCCAGAGCUCAUUUACUGAGAACCAAGACCUGAAAAGGCAGCAGUGCCCCAUUUGUAAAGCUGAAAUUUCCCAAGCGUCCCUUGUCCCACUCUAUGGCAAGGGCCAGACCGCAAAGCCUUUUACUGCAGGCAAGGCCAUUCCUCGAAGACCUCCUGCUCCUGCUUGUGGGGUUGAUACCACAGAUCAAACUCAGCAACUCUAUCAUGCCAACUAUUCAACCAUCGGUCAUGUCUUCGGAGGAACGAUUUACGCAAGGGUGUUUGGGAACAGUACCAUUUCAAAUUUAUAUACGUAUCCAAAUACAUACCACCUUGUAGGGAGCACUAAUCCAAGAGUCCGAAGGCAUGUGAUGCAGGUUGAUGAGUCGCUUAGCAGAAUCUGUUUUUUCCUCUUCUGUUGUGCAGUUUUGUGUCUUCUUUCCUUCUGAAGAUAUAUAUCUCUUUCUUCCUACUUGUAAAAGUUCUAAGAAUAUCUCUUUCUUUCCUCCUGA